AUGGCUAAGUCUGAAGCAUCCAGGAUAGCGGCUAUAUGUAAUGCAGAGAAAUGCAAUUGGAGAGUUUUCAUAUCGGUGGAGGUGCCUUUGAACAAGUGGAUGGUGAAAGUUUGUCACAAUGAGCACAACCAUGAAAAAACCAGUCGAGUGUCUAUGCUUAAACAAGGUGUGAUAGCAGGGUUGUUUAGAGAAGAAAUAAGAAGGAAUAUCAAUUUGCCCGCAGCUCAGAUAAAGGACACAAUCAAAGAAAGGUAUAAUAUUGUUGUUCCUAUGUCAAAGUGCUAUAGAGGGAGGCAGAUAGCUUUAGAUACAAUACUGCAAGCUCAAUCAAUCCAAUUCAGUAAGUUAUGGGAUUACCAAGCUGAGCUGACACGGAAACAUCCAGACAUCACCACAGAAUUUUCCACGCAGCCUGGAGGACAGAUGUUUGACUGUUUCUACAUCUGUUUUAAGGAAUUUGCUCGGUCAUGGAAGAAUAAUUGUAGACCGGUUAUAGGUUUAGACGGGUGCUUCUUGAAGUGGGAGUUAUGUGGCGAUGUCCUUGCAGCUGUUGGUAGAGAUGCGGACAACAGAAUGUAUCCAAUUGCAUGGGCAGUGGUUCGUGGUGAAAACAAGGACACUUGGGGUUGGUUUAUUAGGAGAAUCAAAGCAGACCUUGACUUGGGCGUUGGCGAUGGGUUAACUAUCAUUUCUGAUAAGCAAAAGGGACUUGUUUUAGCCGUCGGAGCAGAGCUUCCUAAUGCAGAGCAUCGUAUGUGUGCACGGCAUAUAUAUGCCAAUUGGAGGAAGACUUUCUCAAGAGCUUUCUUCUCUAUAGAGUCACGCUGCCAUGAUGUGCACAACAAUUUAUCCGAAGCUUUCAACAGAACAAUCAAGAUAGCUAGAUCAAAGCCUGUCCUUAGCUUGUUGGAGGAUAUUAGAAGACAAGCAAUGAGAAGGAUCUCAAGGAGGCAACUAAAGGCAGCUAAAGUUAACACAAUACUCACACCAAUCACUAUGGGAAUAUUGGAGAAAGCACGGGUGGACAACAAAUACUGCUCAACACUCCGUAGUAGUUCCACUGAGUAUGAGGUUCAAGAAUUUGACAACAGCUACACCGUUCUCACAAGUAGCCACCAGUGUGCUUGUAGACGUUGGGAUCUAAUUGGUAUUCCUUGUCAUCAUGCAAUAUGUGUUCUUGAUGACAAUCAAGAAUCGCCUGUCAACUACGUGUCUCCAUAUUAUUCUACAAGCCUCAUGCAAGCCACCUACGCUCAUAACAUUAAACCUAUGAAUGGUGAAAAGCUGUGGCCAAAGGUACAUAAGCCUCCAAUCCUGAUUCCAGAAUUUCGCAAGCCGCGAGGGAGACCUCCCACCCGUGAUAGAAGAAAGGAACCUUUUGAAGACCUCCAAAACAAGGGCAAAGUAACCAGACAUGGGAGGACAAUGCAUUGUAGCAACUGUGGUGAGGCUGGACAUAUUAAAAGUGGAUGUAAAAACGAGAAAGUUGUUGUCGAGGGACCUAAAAACAGAAGAGGCAGACCUCGUAAGAAUCCAGCUGAUGUUGUUCCUAAAAGGCCUACAAAACCAAGGAAAAAGAGGAAGACUGAUGAAGCUGUUUCAAGCUCACAGCCAGUGCAGCAAGUAGAAGCAAUUGACUCAUAUCCUGCUGCAUCUACAGCUCCUGAACCAUCAGUCGCUGCAAAACCAAAAAAAACCCGAGUGAAGAAGCCUAGCCGAGAACAUUCCAAGCGUUACCUCAACAUUGAUGAGUCCUUUCACUGA